GGCGUAUUUAAAGUGAGUGGCGGGAGCCGUUGUGAAUGACUUGUUCAAACGCCAGUGUCGUCUGCUAUCGUUUAUAACCGGCUUGUGAAGGAAAAUGAGUUUCGGUGGAAAAGUGAGACAACAUGUCACAGCGAGGUCCAAUGAAAACGCAAAAGUUAGCGUAAAGAACUUUUUCUCCCAAUCCCCAAAGACGAUGGGCUCCUCCAGACCGAUUGCUCAGGUCCUCCAACCCGUGGCCGUCAACACGCAGUUGGCAAAGACGAGCCAGGCUGCAAAGAGCAUCCCCAAGCGCAAACAGUGGAGCGCGGAGCAAAGCCGAGGCUUGAAGAGGGUGAAGGUGGAGGUGAAAUCGACACAGACUGAAGCCGCUUCCACAUUAAAUGACGACUGUGCCAGCGAUGCGUACGAGCUCAUGGUGAAAGAAACUCCACCUCCCGCCUACUGGAAAGAGGUGGCAGAGGAGCGUCGCAAGGCUUUGUUCAGUGUUCUACAAGAGAACGAGAAGUUGCACAAGGAUAUUGAGGCCAAAGAUGAGCAGAUAACUCGGCUGAAGGAUGAGAAUGACGAACUGCAGGAGCUGGCUGAGCACGUUCAGUACAUGGCUGACAUGAUUGAGAGGCUGACUGGGAAGAGUCCCAACAGCCUGGAGGAAAUGAGGGGGCUCGCCCUUGAUCAAGAAGAUGAAGAUGAGGAUGAUGUGAUCGAAGAGUGACUGCAGUGAGGCGGAAGAGGAACAAACUUCAGACCAGGAGCAGGAUUAACAGACCUCAUUGAAGGGGUACUUGACUCUUUUUGGAAGCUGCUACAAGUUUUGAAUGUAAAGGAAGGCUUUGGACAGUUAUUUAUGACCCCACCGUGGACUUGGCUAAUGAAAGUGGAACGCUGUAGAGGGCCGUGCAUGCUCCCGAAUGAGCUUUCAUCUUGACUAAAUUGUCACCUGGGUUAUUAAUGUUGCAACAAAAAUGGAUGUUUACAGGUUGUUUUUUUUUAAUUUAAA